AUGGGCCUGCCUGCAGAGUAUGUGGGGGGGUACAUCUAUAUGGGCCUGCCUGCAGCAUGUGUGGGGUACAUCUAUAUGGGCCUGCCUGCAGAGAAAGAUGCAAAUGCCGCAUUGCUAAGUAACUUUGAGGUGUUCCAGUUACUUACUGAUCUUAAGCAGCAGCGCAAAGAGAGUGGAAAAAGCAAGCAGAGCUCUGGUCAGCAGAAUCUGAACACAAUCAUGUAUGAAACGCUGAAGUACAUUUCAAAAACACCCUGUAGAUACCAGAGUCCUGAGACUGUGAGAGAUUUCCUCGUAGCAAUGAAAGGCCAUAAGCUAACCAAGGCAGAAAAGCUCCAGUUGCUUAACCACAGGCCUGUGACAGCAGUUGAAAUACAGCUGAUGGUAGAAGAAAGUGAGGAAAGGCUAACAGAAGAGCAGAUUGAGUCACUUCUCCAGACAGUCACCAGUAUUCUUCCAGGGGAUCCAGAGGAACAACAGAGAGACUCGGCAAUGGCAACCGAAGACAAAGGUGACUAA